UAAUUCAUCAAGCUUCGUCUGGGUUUAAAGAUAGAGACUGUGUCAGGUACUCGCGUCGUGAGUACGCGCGUCCCUCCGCCAUUUAAGAUUGGUCAUGACCGAACGCUUUUGUCCUUAAUUGACCAUUUUUAUCAAUGUGUCAACAAGCGGCCGCACGUGAAAUAAUAGUUCCGUGGCCAGAACAGAAUCGAGGAAAGAUUCUCGUCGGCGCCAAAUGUUUGCUUUAAGAUUUAACGAGAGACAGAUGAAUGAUAACGAUUCAAAAGCGAUGAGAAUAAUGCCGAUAGGGAGGUAGAAUCGCGUAGAAUCGCUCCGUGGAUAUAAGUGCCGCGAGGUGCACAAUCAGUUCGCAACGCGGCUCCUCCAAGUCAACUAACUGUCCCUCGCCUUUUCCUUUCUUCUUUUCUUUUCUUUCCUUCUUUUCCCGUCCGAUGCGAUUCUUUGCUUUUCACAGUGCCGUGAAGUGAUAAGAAAAGAAAGAAAGAAAAACGCACAACUGUCUGUCCGCACUGCUGCAGAGUAAUUCCUGAAUAUUCUUCAUAGUUCCUGUUUUGCAAGAAAUCUGCAAGAUGCCUGCUACCGUGAAAGAAUCGAUUCCGUUGGAGGUACCAUCGACGUCUAAAAGAAGUGACAGCAAAUCGAACUGUUCGAUCGUUAAAUACGUAACGGUGGUCAAUUGGUUGCCGAAAUACUCACGCCUGGACGCUGUAUCGGAUCUCGUGGCUGGAUUUUCGGUCGGGUUAACCGUGAUCCCCCAAAGUAUCGCAUACGCCGCACUCGCAGGCUUGACCGCCCAGUAUGGCCUUUACUCGUGCUUAAUGGGCAGCUUCCUCUACAUCUUUUUCGGAACGAUCAAAGAAGUAUCGAUUGGCCCCUCGUCCUUGAUGUCGCUUCUCACUUUUGAAUACACCAGAAACAUGCCAGUGGAUUUUGUCGUGCUUUUUUGUUUUCUCGCCGGAUGCAUGGAGCUACUGAUGGGCUUGCUACAUUUAGGCUUCUUAGUAGAUUUUAUAUCGAUGCCAGUCACGUCAGGUUUCACUUCCGCCACUUCAAUCAUUAUAAUCGUAUCUCAAUUGCAAGGGCUAUUGGGACUGAGGUUCAAGGCGCACAAUAUUAUUGGCAAUUUGAUCAAGAUAUUCCAAAACGUCAGAGACAUACGGAUGCCGGAUUUCGUUCUUGGAAUUUGCAGUAUAGCGUUCCUUUUAUUCUUCAAACAAUUAAAAGACAUCGAUUGUUGUUUCGGGGGAGGCAAUGGUAGGUCAAAGAAGCAGAAUAAUAGAAAGAUGUACCUGAAGAAACUGUUGUGGUUUCUUUCCAUCUGUCGCAACGCUUUGGUAAUCCUGAUCACUGCCACGAUAGCUUUCUAUCUCGAGAAGGCAGGAUCCUCGCCGUUCAUUCUUUCAGGAAAGGUUCAGUCGGGACUUCCUACGUUCUCUGUACCUCCAUUCUCCUCUCAGGUUGGAAACGAGACAUACACAUUUUUGGACAUGUGCUCCCAUUUAGGAUCGGGCAUAAUUAUACUACCUCUUGUAUCGGUAUUGGCAAACGUAGCCAUUGCUAAAGCAUUCGCAAGCAGCAGCGUAAAUGCGACACAAGAAAUGUUAACACUCGGUUUGUGCAAUAUAUUCGGAAGCUUCGUGUCGUCGAUGCCAGCUGCCGGAGCAUUUACAAGAAGCGCUGUGAUCUCCGCCAGCGGUGUACGAACGCCUAUGGCUAGCAUAUAUGUCGGAGCAAUGACAUUACUGGCAUUGAGUUUCUUGACACCGUAUUUUUAUUAUAUUCCACGUUCCACGCUCGCUGCGGUAUUGAUAAGCGCUGUGAUUUUCAUGAUUGACCUGAAGAUAAUACGAUUGCUAUGGAAAGGAUGUAAGAGAGACGCGUUCGCGGCGAUAGUGACGUUUUUAGUUAGUGCGAUAUUUGGCGUCGAGUUAGGACUUUUAGUCGGUGCUCUGUUCAGCUUAAUAUUCUUUCUUCGACCACCCGCUAGGCCAAAAAUCGAAGUGACUCAGUGUAAGGUAAAAGAAUUCGGGAACAAGUACAUAGUACUCAAACCGGAUACUGGGAUAUUUUAUCCCGCUGCAAAUUACUUUUGCAAUAAGGUGAUGAAAAUAAUUCACAGAUACGACGAAAAUAAUGUGCCGUUUAUCAUCGACUGCGAAAGGAUACGAAGCAUCGAUUACACAGCGAUAAAGGGUAUUGAGUUAAUAUCGGCGAAUAUCAAUGCCGAGAGGAAGAGAUUAUGGUUCAUGAACGUUUCUUUAGAGACCCAUAAUAGUUUCGAAGCUUUUGCGAAUAAUAAACAUUUUCACUUCGUCGAUGAAGAGAAGAUAUCUUCGAUCUUUUAUGACGGACUUUCAAACAGCGCGGAUGAAACGAAAGACCAACUCGUAGAGAACAUGAUAGGACAUGCAACGUUCGCACGUGCCAAUGACAAAAAGGAAAACGCAGAGAUACGUCCGAAAGUUAUGACAAAUUCUGGAGAUGGCGGAGAGGAAAUUGAAUUAAUGUUGACGCCUAAGCAAGAAACGAAAUGAACAUGAAAGAAAUGUCAUCUUUGCACUUAUUGUUAGUUAUUUCCCUUGUUUACGUCAAUAAUUUGCAAGCGCGCUAACAAACAUCAACGAAAUGAACAUGAAGCGAAAUAGCUAAAGGUAUGCAAAGGUACUUUUCUUCAUGUACAUUUGAUGUGACUUUUUGUCGAAAAGUUUGGAAAUGCACGUAUAAACAACGGUAACAGCGUCGAUUUUUUGCUUAAGACUGAAAUAUUUUUUAUUGUUAUAAUGACAAUAAUAAUAGUAAUACACCGAUAGCAAAGAUACACCGAAGUUGAACUAUGCUCGCUCGUUCACAAUCAAUGCUUAUUGUUUCAUCACUUUUUUUUUUUACUGCUUUAAGAUUUGAAGGGAAGAAAGUAAUAUUUAAAAUUAAACUAUGUACAUACCCAAUCGAUAGUGCAUACUACAAAAUACAAUAUAAUCUUAUUAGUAUCAACGAAGUACGUGUACAAACUGCGAUGCAACCAGGAAGAGUAUUAGUCGGUGUACACAAACGUGUCUGCAUUUAUCAAGAAUGAAAAUACUUCCUUUGUGUAUUACGAUAAAGGAAUUUCUAAUCGCGGUGAUUAAUUUUAGUUUGCAGUUGUAUCAAUGAUUAGAUUCGAGAUAUGUAGGAGGAGAGAUUAAAUGAAUAUAGCAUUACAAAAGUGGCGGCAAAUUGUAGAUAAUGUAUAUAAAAGUUCAGCAUAAUAAAACAUAGAUACAACCUUCACUUUAAAUAU